AUGGCAUCCUCCGAAGCUGCAGUCAAACCCCCAGCCCCUUCUCGAUCGCCCCUAAACCUCCGAAACCCUACACCACUCUCCGCGCUCCAGGAAGCCGAAGUUAAAGCUAUAUAUUAUAAGCGUGUUCGAGGUCACUGUGCUGCAGAAAUAAAAGAUUUCGCUGCAUGCGCGCUGAAUCGCACAGUGACAGCGACCUGGGUUUGUCGGACACAGCGAUUAGCCAUGAACUCAUGUAUGGUUGAGCAUGCCAAACCCGAAGAAGAAGACCGGGCACGAGAAGAAUGGUUCGCAGGUCGUGAAGAACGAAGAAGGGCUCGUGAGCAGGUUGAUCGGGAGACGGAGGUGCGACGGAAUGAAGUCGUGACUAUGAUGAAAGAAGACGAAGACAGACAAAAGGCCAAAGAAGAAGCUGCUGGAAAGAGUGCAGGCUGGCUUUUUGGGAAGAAAAGUUAA